UAUCUUCCACGGGGUUGCAUAAGGUUUGCUCCGACUCUUCCGUAAGGGCGAAGAAACCACAUAGUCGUCGUCGUCGUCGUCGAAUGCCGCUGAGGCCGCCGGCGAUCACUAGGGUUUCUCCUCCGCUGAUCUCCAGUCCUCCGCCAUGGUUACCAAAAUUCCUCUCCUCCUUGUCGCCCUUGCCCUUCUCCUUGCUCCUCCUUACCUUUCUAUCGCCGGAGCGACUGAUGCUUUAGAGUCAGUUCCGGAUCUUCAGAGUGCAAUGUACCGGAACAUCAAGAGUUAUCCUUGUGUGAGGCUUCUGAAUCUUUCUGGCGAAAUUGGUUGUUCUAAUCCUGGUCAGGAGAAAGUUAUUGCACCCAUUGUAAGGUUCAAGCAUAGCAGUGAUGAGUUGACUCGUCUGUCUGCUGUUUUACUUCCCUUAGAGGAGUUGGAAGGUUUGUUCCUCAGGAUUUCCAAAGAUAUGGAUUUUGCUCAAAAAGUUGCUGGUGUUUUGGUUGAAUCAGAUGGAUACCCAAGGUUCUCACCAGCUGAAAAGUUUCCGCAAGCAGCUUUUGCACCAUACAAAAAUAUUAACUAUGAGUGGAAUCUUGCUGGUUCUGGCAUUAUGUCAAAUCAGUAUAACUUCCCUGUGUUUUUGCUCUCUCCAGAAACCAAGUCAUUUGUUCAAGAGUUGGUUGGUAAGAAUGCUGGGGGCACUGAUUUGUACCAAGUAAUUGUUGCUGAAUUUGAUCUAGUCAUGCAGACAACAAAAUCACACACACAUGAUUCAGGAUCUUGUCUCAAAGAGCAGACUUGUCUGCCGUUAGGUGGCUUCAGUAAAUACUUGGCUUUUGUGAGAUACCUUGAACACCACAUUGAGAGUCCUGCUGUAUUGGAGAUCGGAUCUGUUGGGAAAGGCUUAGAUCAAGCUACCAGGGCCACAACCUUCUAUGCACAUGCAAGAGGGGAUUCAUCUGUUACAAAAGAUAUGCUGACGGCCUUACAAAGUGCUAGUGAUUCGCUUGGUUCAGACAAUGUCAAAAUCAAAGCUGCAGAUGUAUCAAAUCCUGGUAUUCCACCAUCUUCACUGAUGACAUUUCUGAGAAAGAAUUCUUCGGCGGCCGGAAUUGUUCUGGAGGACUUUGAUUCAUCUUUCACCAACAAAUUUUACCAUAGUCAUUUGGAUAGUCCUUCAAAUAUCAACUCUUCCUCAAUUGCAGCUGCUGCUGCAUUGGUUGCCCGGACUUUAUAUAUUCUUGCAAGUGGUGAUUUGAGAGUAAAUCUCAUGACACUUAACUCUAUAAAAGUUAAUGUGUCCUUGGUUGAAGAGUUGGUAGGAUGCCUACUGAGUUGUGAACCAGGUUUUUCAUGCAGCAUUGUCAGGAACUUCAUUUCACCGAGCAAUACCUGCCCAAGUCAUUAUGUUGGGGUGUUCCUUGAUUCGCCUGAUACACGAUACCCUGAAUAUGCUGAUGAUACAUCCCGAUUUGUCUGGAACUUUCUGGCUGAUAAAACCUCUGCUCUAAAGGGCAGCACAAGUUCCUGCACUGGCAAGUGCAAUAGCAUAGAUCAAGUUUGUAUCGGAGCAGAAAUUGAGGGCAAAGGCAGAUGUGUAAUAUCUACAACCAGGUAUGUUCCUGCUUAUUCCACCCGACUCAAAAUUGAAGACAACUUAUGGCAUGUAAUUCCUGCGAGUACUUUGGAUCCUAUGGGAUCUGUGGAUCCUGUAUGGACAGAAAGCUUUUGGAAUACCAUUGGCCUUCGAGUUUACAUGGUGCAGAGUGGAACUUAUGACCGGCUCAUCCUUGUUGGUGGAGUAGGUGUGACAGUUGCCUCUUAUAUUGUAACAAUAGUGACCAAAUCUUUUCUUGCAAAGGCUGUGAAAAAUGAUUGAUAUUUUUUGGUAGAUCUAACCGAGUUGGGUUGCAUACGGAUGCCCCCAGAAUCACACUCCAGGGACUUGGACUUGUUAUAUCUAGAAAUCACCUUAUACUUGUUACAAGAAGGGACUGUCCUGGAACUUUUUAUUAUUUUUUGUUCUGGUUUACACAUUAGAGGAGCAUCUCAAGUGUACCCCUAUAUUUUUCUUGUCAUUUUUAUCAGUCAAUUUGGGGGUUGGAAGUACCACCAUCCCUAAUAGAAGUUAAUUUGAACUUCAAAGGCAACCAGCGAUAAUAGCGUCAUGGCUGUCUUGUGUUUCCUACUGCUGCCAUGGCUGUAUAUUUGGUUUGAAAAGGUAGAACCAUCUUGUUUCUUCUUUCUGGGCAAGCUAUUUGUAUUUCUGAAUCUAAUUGACUGUAUAUUUCCGGAUCCUAUGUAGCUGAAAAUUUUUCAAAUGACAGCAGAAUUUUGAUAU